GGCAAGCGCCCAAUUUGCCCCGAAGAAGAGUCCCCUGGUCAGAAUUUCUUACUCACUUCCAAGCAGAAGCAGGAGGAAGAGGAGCGGCCUUCUUCGCCUCUCUCACCGUAGCCAUUUGAUGAUAGAUAGAUACCGGCAUCAUCACCAUUCUAUCCAUGGAGACGAGGACGAACUCCAGCUCUCUUUCCCACACUGCUUCCUUCCCACACUGCUUCCAUGGAGGGCUAGUGGAGAAUACAUUCCCAACCAUAGUGGAAGGCGUUGUGAUUAUGAGAAUGGUUGCUGAAUGAUGGAUUUAUUGGAUCUGUUCUAUAUAAAGUGUUCCUAAGUUCGCUGAAGGCCUCAAAAACUAGUGCCAGACCUGCCCCCAGAUAGAACCAGACAGCCUUUGGUGUAAAUCAAAUGGUAGAGGCAAAUGAUUUCAGGCAUUUUCCCUAUUCCGUCCCAGGUACAAGCAAGUCCAAGAUGGUUACUAGUGGAGAGCUACCAAAAUGUGAAGUGACUAUAGCAAAUGUGAUUGUUGCAGAUGCUUUGGAGAGUAAAAUUCACCAAGUUCUAAUCAAAAUGGUUCUGUCAAUUCUUCAACUAAGAACACUAAUUUGAAUAUUUCUCCAGCUAGUUUUGUAAAAGCAUCAAUUUUAGGUCCUGGACUGAGUGAAACUCAGGCCUAACUGGAAGCAUUUGUUAAUCAAGAAAAAAAAAAAAGUCCGAGCCUGGAAGUAUGAAGCAUAGUUCAGUUUAAGCAAAAAUUAGUGAUGAAAUGAGUAGUCUUGCUAAAACCAGUGGUAGUGCCAAAAUGAGUGAUCAGGUUGAUUUUGUGGAGAGUGGAAACAGCAGCAUGCUGUUGAAUUUGCGGGGUGUAUGUACUAUUCUGAGGAAGCAUUGCAGCAGAUCUUUUUCCCAAGAGUUGGUGGUUAGCAGUCUGUUACAUUUGAGUGCGAACUUGAUUCAGUUACAUUCUGUAACUGGCUGAUUGAUUAGUUGUAUAAAAAGCUAAUCCAGCUUGUAUUGGAGAUGAUAAGAACAAUUUCAAUACAUUUCUCUAAUUCUCUUUCUGUUCCUAUUUCUGUUUUCUCUCUAUUUUUCUCUGUUUCUAUCUCUGCCUCCCUCUCUCAACAUUCUUCUUGCUCGUUCUGCAUUUCUGUCAUUCCAAAUACCUGGUUCAAGACUUAGGUUUUGACAUGUGUCAAGGAAGCACCAGUACUGAUGUAAGUGAGGAGAGCUCCUGCAGCAGCUUUAUUGGCAGUAUCAACAAGACCAACAAGGCAAAUGAUUUGAGAUGGGAAGGCAUCCGAGCUGCUCAUACAAGUGCAAAGGAUGGAGUGUUGGGUUUGAGCCAUAUCAGACUCUUGAAAAUGCUGGGCCGUGGAGAUGGUAGCGUCUACCCGGCAGAAUUGAGUGGAACCAAGUCCUAUUUUGCUAUGGAAGUUGUGGACAAGGCAUCUCUAGCAAGUCGUAAGAAGCUUCUUCAUGCUCAGACGGAGAGAGAGAGAGAGAUACUGCUAUCUCUAGACCAUCCAUUCCUUCCAACAUUAUAUGCGCACUUUGGGACAGACAAGUUUUCAUGUUUAGCGACGGAGUUCUGCCCGGGUGAAGACUUGCACACUCUUAGGCAGAGGCAGCCUGGGAAAGACUUCAAUGAGCAAGCAGUGAAGUAUGAUAUCACCUAAUCAUCUUCUGACUUGAAAUUAGAGUCAAAACUAAAUCUGGUAGUAUUUUUUUUUGUUGCCACAUGUCUUCUGUUUCACAUGCAGGUUCUCCUGUCAAUGUGGUGCCUAAUUUCAUAUUCUUCUUUAUAUGAUUAAUACUUAUAUUUUAGAAAUUAAUUGAGAAAGUAUUCCACCCAUCCUUCUGCUGCAACUGGCUAUUGUGCCAUUCUAACUCCAUACUCUUUCUUAGGUAUUUUUGCUAGUAUGUAGUAAAAUUCUCUUUUGACUUAGAUUCAAUACCGAAUCUGGAAUUCUUGUUGAA